AUGUCGACUGCUCUAUCCCCGUUACAAACCUUUCUGGCGUACGUGCAAGAAGCCACAGGUCUUGCUCCGUCAACAACAGUUUCGUUAUUAGUCCUCAUCGCGUCGAUCGUCUACGUCAUCUUUUCGUACGUUCAGCACCGCGCGGCGCCUGUUCCGCCGCCAGUCCCGGGCCCACCUGAGCCGAUUAAAAUAGGGGAAAUCACCCUCGAGGAGCUAAGCCAGUAUAGCGGCAGCGACCCAGAGAAACCAAUUCUUCUGGCCAUCCGAGGGAGAAUCUACGAUGUGACUCGCGGAAAGCACUUCUACGGCCCUGGAGGCCCCUAUGCAGUGUUCGCAGGGAAGGAGGCGAGCCGGGCGUUCGCCAAGAUGUCAACCGAUCCCAAGGACGCCGUGGGGGACCUGACAGGACUGUCCUAUUCUGAGAUGGAGACCCUGAGGGACUGGGAGUCGUCGCUGCAGUUUAAGUAUGAUGUGGUAGGGACAGUGAAGGGCGAUGAAGGUGAUGUUGGGGGAGAAGGCGAAGCGGGAGGUGCACAGGCCGCCGAGGAAGCAGGGGGGGCACAAGGAGAGGGAGGAGGGUCAGAAGCUGAUGCCGGUGCAGUAGCAGCAGAAGGGGAGGGAGGGGAGGGAGCGGGGCAAUGA